AUGGAGACCGCCCAAGGGCAGGGUAGGGACGGGGCCUUUGGGGGACCAGAAGGAGGGCCGGUCGUCGGCGUGGGUACUGAGGCCAAGGACCGUGACGGCCGUGCUGGGCACCGGCACCCCCACCCCGUCCGGGCCCCAGGCCGAGGCAGCCAUGUCCACGCAGGCCAGGAGCAUCGCGGGGUGUACGUGGAGGCCUCGGGCCAGGCCCAGCGUCUCUGCGCUGUCGUGAGGCAGGGUCUCCUGCCCUUUGGGCUCGGGCUGGCUCUGCUGGAGGCCCAGGCGGCCACCGGGGGCCGCACGGACCCCGGGCAGGGCCAGCUGCUCCUCGUGUCUGAGGCCCUGGGCAGGCCUGGUGGGCCUGGAGCGGAAGAAGAAGCGCUGGCCACUGAGCGCGCCGUCACCGGGUACCCUGACCCUCGGGGUGGGAAGCUGGCCCUCUUCCAGGCCGUAGGGAAGGAGGUUGUGGACAGGCACUGGGCUGGAGCUGCGGAGGCCCAGCUGGCCACGGGGGGCCUGGUGGACCCCAUCCAGGGCGUGCGCGUGGCCCCUGAGCUGGCCUGCCAGCAAAGCCUCUUGGCCCAGGAGACAUGGUGUGGGCUGUCGGAGCUUGGGCCCGGCUCAAGUGCCCCAGGCUUCCUGGACCCCAACACGCUGGAGCAGCUGCCGUACCGGGAGCUGCUAGGCAGGUGUGUGCGGGCCCCCAGCACGGGGCUGGGCCUGCUGGCCCUCAAGAUCACUUUCCGUACGCUGAGUGGGGCACUGAGCUUGGCCGAGCUGCUGGAGGCGGGGGUCCUGGACGGGGAGACGGCCCGAGGCCUGCGGGAGGGCAGGCUGGCGGUGCCGGAUGUGGGUGCACGCACCGAGGUGCAGCGCCACCUGCAGGGCACCGGCGGUGUGGCAGGGGUCGUCCUGCUGCCUGCAGGGCACAAGAAGAGCUUCUUCCAGGCCACGGCCAAGCACCUGCUCCCCAUGGGCGCCACGCUUCCGGUCCUGGAGGCUCAGGAUGCCACCUGCAUGCUGGUGGACCCAGCCACCGGCCGGCAGCUGUGGGUGGACGAGGCGGUCAGGGCAGGCCUGUUUGGACCAGAGCUCCACAGGCAGCUCCUGGCAGCAGAGCAGGUGGUGACGGGGUAUCAUGACCCCUUCAGUGGCACCCGAAUCCCCCUAUUCCAGGCCAUGAAGAGGGAGCUGGUGGACCGGCCUCUGGCGCUGAGGCUCCUGGUUGCCCAGCUGGCCACAGGCGGGCUAAUGUGUCCUGCCCGCAGGCUCCGGCUGCCCGUGGAGGCCACCCUGCACGUCGGCUGCCCGGACAGAGACUCGGCAGUAUCUCUCGCAGGCGGCUGGCUUCUCGGACCCCCGCAUGCAGGAGAGCCUCAGCUACGGGCAGCUGCUGGCCCACUGUGUCACCGACCCAGAGACGGGACUGGCCUUCCUGCCCAGCUCAGUGGGGAGCCCUGGAGAGGAGCCACAGGGGCCCCCGUUCACUGAGCAGAGCACCCGGCAGGCCUGAGAGCCGCCGUGGCCAC